GGCAGAUCUCAGAUUCGGAAACAGCUAAUUUGGAAGCAGAUGCUGUGUGACUGAGCUUCAGAGUGAUUUGCGUGUUAAUUUGAGCAAUAAACCUGAGUUAACUACUGCCGAAGUCGUCUCGCUUCUGUGGGAGAGACCCAACCAGUACAUGUGACUUGCCUUGGGACCUUGCCAUGGAGAGCAGUGAAGAAUUCUAAUGUGGAACCUCGGUUUAUGAACACCUCGGUUUACGAAUUUUCGGUUUACGAACGCCGCGGACCCAUCUGGAACGGAUUAAUUCACUUUCCAUUACUUUCAAUGGGAAAGUUCGCUUCAGUUUAUGAAUGCUUCAGUUUAUGAACAGACUUCCGGAACCAAUUACACCCAUGCUUCGGGUUAAGUACGCUUCAGGUUGAGCACUCCGCGGACCCGUCUGGAACAGAUUAAUCCACUUUCCAUCACUUUCAAUGGGAAAGUUCGCUUCAGGUUAAGUACGCUUGAGGUUAAGUACGGACUUCCAGAACCAAUUACACUCAUACUUCAGGUUAAGUAUGCUUCAGGUUGAGUACUCUGCGGCCCCGUCUGGAACGGAUUAAUCCACUUUCCAUUACUUUCAAUGGGAAAGUUCGCUUCAGUUUAUGAACGCUUCAGUUUAUGAACAGACUUCCAGAACCAAUUGUGUUCAUAAACCGAGGUACCACUGUAUAUUGUUUAUUAUUGAUUUAUGAAUCACUUUCUAUACAACCAUCUCAAUGUGAUGUACAAUAAAAACAAUUAAAUACAAUAAGGACCUUUAAAACAAAGCUAAAACCAUUCCGAAUCGACCGUCAUGACAAAGACCCAUUUCUCCAGCUAGGAAAGCCUGUCAGAACAAAAACGUAUCCAAUUGUUUCAGAAAGUGCAGAUAGCGCGCUCCUGUCAUAGCUCAACAGGAAGGCUUUCCACAGAACUGGGAUAGGUCACGGCAGAGCAGGCUUCUGAGUUCCAUGGAACUUGCAGGAGACGCUCUCCCACGGACGUAACUUUCCAACAAAUUUUGUGAAAACGAAUAAGCACCAUUGCUCAAUAUACACUCCAGCUGGAAGUGAUCUUAGUCUCUGAGAAUCUGAGUUAGCUGGGUCACACUUCUAGGAGCACAGCUGACUCCACUUUAUCAAGCUUGAAAAUGUUAAAUUAGCCCAGGCAUCCCCAAACUUCGGCCCUCCAGAUGUUUUGGACUACAAUUCCCAUCACCCCUGACCACUGGUCCUGCUAGAUAGGGAUCAUGGGAGUUGUAGUCCAAAACAUCUGGAGGGCCGCAGUUUGGGGAUGCCUGAAUUAGCCAAACAUUGCAAGCACACCAAAAGUCUCCAGUGUUCUCCCACCCAAAGCUAGGUGUAGCGGGAUAGAGAAGGAUAGAUCACAAAAUUGCAGAGUUGGAAGGUACCCAGGGGCCAUCUAGUCUAACCCUUGCAAAGUAGGAAAUCACAGAUAAGUGAUCAGCUGGUCCUUUCCCAACAGUUACUAUUCCCUGCUGGAGGUCAUCCAAAGGUCUGGGUUAUGCUGUCACCAGUCCCAAGGAAGCCCCCCAAAUUUGAGCUUUCCUUCUCCUUGCUGUCUUUUGCCAGCUGGACUUUGGCUUCUGACCAAGUGACCUGUUGAUUUGCUGCCAAACAUUAACUCAGCAACCACCCCUUUGCUCCCAGAAGUGCACGCUUCCUGGGCUUAGGACAGCUUGUGGAAGCAUUCCCUUGGAACUGUUUCACUGGGCAUCUUCAUCAGCACAGCUCGCUUUGCUCAUGUAGUCACCCUGCUCGCCCCACAACUAUAUGCAAGGAGGAUUUCACGAGAUCUGAGGCACCUUAGUGAGCGUGUUCUCCAUUUCCCUGCAGGCAAUCGUCAUGAUGUUCUUCAUCACUAUCAAAAGGAAAGGAUUCCUUCUGACAUUGGGCUUGGCAGGCUUCCUCAUCCUGAGCUAUACUCUGUACAGGAGGGUGUUCAAGAUCACUCUCGUUGGAGAUCACAACAGACUCAUGAAGGAACCAGGGGAUUUUCUAGGAGCUUUGGAAAGAAAUGAAGACUUUUGCCUUAGAUUCAUGGGGAAUAGGAUUUGUCAGACAGAGACUGCAGCCCAGUGCAGGACUAGGGUGCAACGGUGGAAAAAAGAGCAGGAGGUGAAGGAAAUCCUUACAAAACUGGACCAGUUGAUGCCCAGCGUCACUUUCACAGAUAUAAUGACCACCACAAGUGCCAGGAACAGCAAGGCCACCAUAUUAAACCAAAAGGGUUCUUACUGCGUUGGAGACCCCUUGAUGGUUCGGCUAGAUUUGUACAACUACUUGGGGGAGAGAAAGAAGUACGGAGGAGACUUCUUACGAGUGAGGAUCUACUCUUCAAGCCUUGGGGCUGGAGCUUCGGGGCACAUCACAGACUAUAGGAAUGGGACAUACCUAGUCAAUUUCACUUUAUUUUGGGAGGGUGAUGUCAAAGUGUCCAUCUUGCUCAUCCACCCCAGCGAAGGAGUUUCUGCACUGUGGGCUGCGAGGAAGAGAGGCUACGACAAAAUAGAUUUCAGGGGCAAGUUUCUGAAUGGGACCUCACUCGUCUACACCAAAUGUGGUUUUGUCAUAGAGACAAACGCGGAACUGUGCGAGUAUCUGGAUGAACGAGACCAAGAAGCCUUCUACUGUGUGAAACCAAAGAAUGUGCCCUGUGAAGCAUUUGUUCUCCUGACAUCUGACAACAAUCCCAUCACCUACCUCACAUCCUUGGAGCAGAGCCUUUUUAGGAGGGACAACAUCGGGAUCGAGAUACCACAGAGUUUUGGGGAGAUUCGUGUCCUAUCCUGUAAUAGAAGUGCGACGAUGAUGGCAAGAGACAAAUGCAGGGUCGGGAUGAGUUUGCCCGUUCCCAGCGGCUAUGCCUUGCAGGAGGUUUGGCACCCACACUUUUGCUCCGUAUCUGAUUUUAGCACUCUGGAUCGAAUCCAGGAAUGCCUGAAGAAGAAGAAGAUUUAUCUCAUGGGGGAUUCAACGUUAAGGCAAUGGAUCUAUUACCUUACUGAAAAGGUGGCAACAUUGAAGUUCUUUGAUCGCGACAGUGAUGAACUAUUCAAAACGCACGUAGCUUUGGAUCUGGAGAGGAGCACUUUCAUUCAGUGGAAAAGACACGGGAACCCCUUUGUGUCUAGGAAACUUUUCUCCGUAAAGGACGGCAAUUACAUCACCAAUGAAAUUGACAGGCUGGCUGGGGACAAAGACACGGUCAUUGCCAUCACUCUGGGCCAGCACUUCCGCCCUUUCCCUAUGGAUCUUUUUGUGAGGAGGCUGCUUAACAUCCGGCGAGCCAUCCACCACCUACUUCUGAGGAGCCCAGAAACAAGAGUCAUCAUCAGGACAGAGAACACCCGGGAGAUGGACACAGACAUGGAGCGGUUGGGUGAUGUCAAUGGCUACCCCCAAAACCUUGCCGUAAUGGACAUCUUCCUAGGUCUCAAUGUCGGUUUCAUAGAUGCCUGGGACAUGAACAUUGCUUACGCCAUUUAUGAUGUCCAUCCACCUGACCAUGUGAUCUGGAACCAAAUCAUUAUGUUUUUAACAUACAUCUGUUAGUUUAGGGAAGAGAGGGUUGGAGACAGAGACAGUACAAAGUUCCAGUCUAUCAGGAAACUUAAUGAGGAUGGGGGUGGGCGGUCACACUGAUUUAUAUCCCUAAGUCCUCUUGACAUUUGAUCACUUGGAGAGCGAAUAUCAGUUCAGGUCUGGGUGUGGAGAAGUCAGUCAAACUUAGUAAGCACUUAGGUCCAAGGAUGGGUUGGUACCCCAAACAUCCUCUGUCUACCCCCACCCACAACAACAACAAAAUCCCACAAUGUUCACAGAUUCAUCCCAUGUCUGGAACAGAAAUAAAUCCAGUGAAGGCAAUUGCUAUUUGCUGUUGUGUGGCAAUGUCCCUCCCACCCGUGAAAUAAGACACAAGACACAGAUGAUCGAUUUUAAGUGGGCGAAUAAGGCCACAACUUUAUUGGUUACGGAUGUUGAACAGUAUUGGCUUAGGCAUUGGAACCUAACCAACUAUAUCUGACACCAACCUGUGUGUUGGAGUCUGGGAUAAAUUAACCACCAGUAAGGAGCCCCGUGAUGUACAUCUACCGGAAACCCUCCUGUGGCCACCGUUGGGGCGUGCCUUACGGCCCUGACCUCUCCAGGCUCCGGACCAAGCUCUGCCCCCGGAAACCUUUAACGGAAUAUUUCUCCAUUUGCUGGGCAGGUGAUGACGCAACCUGCCCCCCUCUUCUUUUUAUGCAAAUUUACAAUGCCUACCGCCAAACCAAAGUUGU